AUGAGACAAGCGAACAAGGCCAUAGUACGUGGCAGAUACCCAAUACCAACUGUAGAUGAACUGCUACACAAUAUGAAUGGUUCCAAAGUCUUUAGCAAGUUAGACUUAAAGUGGGGAUACCACCAAUUGGAACUUAAUUCAGAGUCACGACAGAUCACCACCUUUGUGACGCACAAAGGCUUGUACAGGUACAAACGUCUAUUAUUUGGCGUGUGUUCAGCGAGUGAGCAGUACCAACAUGAGAUAUCCACAGCUUUAGCUGGAAUAGAAGGAGUCGAUAAUAUAUCUGACGACAUCAUAGUACAUGGCCCGGAUCAGGCAACUCAUGACCAACGCCUAUAUAAGACAAUGGAACGCCUCAAGCAGCAUGGCUUAACUCUCAAUGCUGACAAAUGCCUAUUCAAUGUGGACAGAGUGAUUUUCAUGGGAAUUCUUCUCUCUGAAAAAGGGAUUGGUCCAACAGAAGAAAGAAUCAGAGCCUUGCAAGAAACAAGGGAACCUGCCACCGUCAGCGAAGUAAGAAGCUUCCUGGGAUUGGCCAAUUAUAGCAGCAGGUUUAUUCCUCACUUCGCUACUAUCACUGAGCCACUAAGGAGCUUGACCAGAAAGGCUGUUCCAUUCCACUUUGGACCUGAGCAGAAAACCGCUUUUAAGAUUCUGAAACAGAGCAUGGCUGACGCAGGAACACUUGCAUAUUUUAACAAAGGCGCAGCAACCAAAGUAAUAGCUGAUGCCAGUCCAGUCGGCCUCGGAGCUGUGUUACUACAGAACCAAAAUGAAGCAUGGGUGCCAAUUUGCUAUGCAAGCCGCAGCUUGACAGAGUGUGAGCGCAAGUACUCCCAGACCGAAAAGGAAGCCCUCGCUCUCGUUUGGGCAUGUGAGAGGUAUCAUGCAUACAUUUAUGGCAUGAAAUUUGAUCUGGUAACUGACCACAAACCGUUGGAGGUCAUCUACGGGCCACGUUCCAAGCCCUGUGCCCGCAUCGAACGGUGGACAAUACGGUUACAACCCUACGACUUCCGAAUUGUAUAUACUCCAGGGCAGAAUAAUAUAGCUGAUCCUCUUUCCCGCCUGCUUAAGCAAGACAAAGUGACGAGUCAUCCACAUGGGGCAGAAGAGUACAUCCGAUUCGCAGCUAUCAGUGCCACUCCCCAAGCAUUAACCACGAGAGAAGUCGAAGAAGCAUCUGCAACAGAUGAAGAAUUAAAAGUCCUGAGAGAAGCAAUCAAAACUGGCAGAUUUGAGAAGUGCAAAAACUAUGCACCAGCCGCAGGAGAACUGUGUGUGAUUGGACAGCUAGUCUUGAGAGGUACCCGUAUUGUGUUACCAAACAAACUCAGAGCUCAGGCAAUCAGCUUAGCCCAUGAAGGACACCUAGGAAUUGUGGGAACAAAGCAAAAUUUAAGAAGUAAGGUGUGGUGGCCUCGUAUGGAUAAGGCAGCAGAGAAAUUCUGCAAGUCCUGUCACGGAUGUCAACUGGUAUCUCGCCCAGACCCACCUGAGCCAUUGAGAUCCACGACAUUACCAGAAGGUCCUUGGCAAGACCUAGCUAUAGACCUCCUAGGACCACUUCCUUCGGGACACUCAAUCAUUGUUGUUGUGGACUACUACAGUCGUUAUUAUGAGUACGCCAUCAUGAUGUCAACCGUCACAGAGAAAGUAAUUGACAACCUGGAAGAGAUUUUCAGCCGCCAUGGCCUUCCUCUGACCAUAAAGUCAGACAAUGGUCCACAAUUCCGCUCCGAAGAAUUCCGGGAAUAUUGUAAGCAGAAUGGAAUUGUUCACACCAAGACCACACCAAAAUGGCCUCAAGCCAACGGGGAGGUAGAGAGACAAAAUGCAUCGCUGAUGAAGAGGAUCCGCAUUGCCCAAGCCGAAGGAUUAGACUGGGUGAAGGAGCUAAGAAAAUAUGUGACUAAAUACCGAGGUAUUGAUCACGCGACAACCGGUAAGAGCCCUGCGGAAUUAUUGUUUAACAGAAAGAUGAGAGGAAAGCUACCAGAGCUACAUGCCGACCAUCACUUGGACCUGGAAACUCGAGAUAGAGAUGCCGAAGUGAAAGCAAAGACCAAAGUAAUAGCUGAUAAAUCCAUGAAUGCAAAACCAUCAGAAGUUCAAGUUGGUGAUCAAGUCCUGGUGAGGCAAGAGAAAAGAGACAAGUUUUCCACGCCAUUUAAUCCAGUACCAUUCCAAGUGGUUAGCAAGACCGGUAACAGUGUUGUUGUGGAAACUCCAGGUGGAACGCAGUAUUCAAGGAAUACAUCCCAUGUCAAGAAGUUUGUGAGCCCUGACAAUCCGGAAGAACCACCUGUCAGUGUCGAUGUACCGACAACACCUGAAAUUACCGUGGUACCAAAUCAAGUGAUGAGUGGAUCUACACCAAUAGUGCCUACAACACCUCCCAGUAGACCCCUAACUCAUCUCACACCUUUAGCACAAGCAAGUGCAGGAAGCAAAUCUGGUACAACCUCUGCUAGUAAGAAUGCAGCAGUUGAUCAAGCAACAGUACCUAGCCCACCAGCAACACCAAAAGGUGGAAGACCUCAGAGACAGAGGAGACUCCCUGGGAGAUAUAAAGACUUUGUUUUAAAAUGUUGA